AUGAGGGCCUCAUACAAGACAGUCUUAGCUGUACUUCCACUCUACGCAACUACGACCAUCGCGGAUCGAUAUGCCAGCAACACACGUCCGGUAAUUGUCGAUGCACCCCAAGUGGCGGCCAACUUUCCCGACGUCCAUGGCAUCCAGCUGCUAUCGCCGGCUUUCAUAAAUCCGGAGAAUGUACCUGCGACAUUUACGAACGGCACCUCCGGGCCCACUCCACAGCGUGAUCUGGAAACCUUCGUUAAAGGCCUUACUCAGCGCAACGGAUGGAUCACCUACAACAGCGAACUGAGAUCCGAGGAAGAUCGCGCGAUCCCAUACGUCACAUUGACAAAUGGCAAGAAAAGCAGUGAGAAACUACGGAUCUGGAUUCAGGGAGGCCAACAUGGGAAUGAGCCUGCAGGCGACGAGGGCGUGCUUGCAUUGCUUGGAAAGUUUGCGCAAGACUCCCAAUGGAGCGCCAAAAUCUUAGAGAAGCUUGAUCUGCUGAUUCUCCCGCGCUACAACGUCGAUGGCGUCGAGUACCUACAGCGACAACUGGCUUCCAACUACGAUCCCAAUCGCGAUCAUGCGGUGCUCGAGCGACAGCAGACACGAGCUAUCAGGAAGCUGCAGUCUGAGUUCGAUCCGCACAUCUUCAUCGACGACCAUGAGUACACAGGCGGCAACUUGGUAGCCGAGAAGUACAUCCGCGCGCAGGAUCUUUUAGUGUCUGCCAACAAGAACCAAAACGUCAAUCCCAGCAUCCGAGCGUUGAACCAGGAAUUUGUCGACGACGUAUUCUCAGUUGCCCAGAGCAAAGAACUUAGGAUCUUCCCAUACUUCACCACUAGCUUCGCAAACGGUACGAUAACGAUCGAAGAGCCUGAUGCGCUUGCUGCGGCAAAUCACAAGGGUGCUGGUAAUUACCAAGCCCUGACCUUCCUUGUUGAAACGCGUGGCAUUGCUAUCGCGGAUCAGCACUUUCAACGCCGUGUCGCAUCCCACGUUAUCGUUCUGGAAACUAUCCUCAACAAAGCAGUCGACGAGUUCGACGAUGUAUACAGCACCAUCGAAGCCGGACGUAAAGCGUUUAUCGAGAGCAAAGACGAGAUCGUUGUAACCUACGAACAGCGCAUCACCAACAAGACAGUUCCUUUCAUCGACGAAUCAAGCGGCGCGAUUGUUGACGUCCCAGUCUGUUCCCGAAACAGCGAUCCAUCCAUCGUCACCCUCUCUCGUCCCCGCCCAAAAGCCUACGUCUUCUCACGCGCCUGGGCCGAUGUAGCAGAGCGUCUCCGCAUCCUUGGUGUCACCGUCGACGUCCUGGAAGAAGACUUUGUCGGAACUGUCGAAGCGCUCGUGGUCACGAAGGCUGAGCUCGCAGAAACGAAAUUUGAAGGCAUUGCCGGUACCACAGUCACGACUAACGCGACGCAGCGAGCAGUCACAGUACCGGCUGGCGGUUUCUACGUCGAUACUAAGCAAAAGAACGCUGGGUAUGCGUUUACGCUGUUGGAACCAGAGGGAGAGGCAAGUCAGGUGUAUUAUAACAAGAUUCCGCUGGAGGUCGGAGAUGAAUAUCCCGUAUUCAGGGUUCAGUAG